CCGAGCGCGGCCGGCGCAGUGACCACCGCGCCACACCGCGCGCCCGCCACCGCGCAGCGCACGUUAUCAAUCCUACACGGCUACACGCUACACCUCUCUACACAAAAAUCUCGAACGGGAAUACCGGAUACCAACGCAGUGCUAAGAAAAUAUAACCGUCUCUUUCUAAUACAUCGUAAAAGGGCCGCGUUUUUGUAUUCCGUCCUUGUCCACAACCGCGGCGCGAUAUCGCGCUAUGCUUAUAGUUAGAAAUAUGUAACUGAGUAGUUUACUUUUGUGUGUAGUUUUGCCAAGUUGAUGUCGCUCGGAAUUAGAAUAGCUGCAAGUUCGCCGCGAGUCCGCUGCUAAUGUGACAAGUGUAUUGGAAAUUAAUAUUUACGUGGAGUGCAGUGUUCGAGUUCGGGGCAAUAUUUUGUUGUGCAAGUGAGAGAUGCGCUCGGGCGCGAUGGCGCGGAAACGGCACAUAUUUUAGAUUCCAAUAAUGAACGAAAGUUUGUGAUUUUACUGCAGAUUAUGUGCUGUGUAUAUAAAUAACAGUGAUUUUUUAUUGUGAAAAUGUUCAACGGGAGAUUUUCUCUAUUUAACGUCUCAGUAUGGGUCCUGACGGUAUACCUCGUGUUCCACGUGCCCCUCAUCGAGAUGAGGGUUGACGACUUCGAGCAGCAGGCACUGGCUCAGGCCAGAGAGCAACCACCAGUGUCGACGGAGAAGCCGGAGCCUAUCAACCAGCACCUGAAGCUGGGCAAGUGCUUCCACAUGCCUCGCUCCAAGUGUCCCGCAGAGCCCAACUGCACCAAGGUCGGCUCCAUGUCAGUCUUCUGCUGUGACCUGGACAGCGCGCGGCUGAAGGAGGCACUGGCUUCUUCUAUAACGCAGAACACGACGUACCUUCACGUCCUCAACGCCACCAUCGAUGAGCUGGACGUCUCCCAGGCCAUGUUCCGAAGACUAGCCUCCAUGGCCUUCACUGAUGGAAACAUCGACAAAAUUGUUGUCGCAAGCAUGGAAAGUAUGGACAUAAAUAAUACCAGUCAGUUUCCAAAGCACUCGUCAGUAGCGUGUCUGAACAUCUCGAACAACAACCUGACGAGCGCCAAGCUGCAGCCUGCCAUCCAGAGGCCGUAUGCCUAUCUCUUCAACUUGAGCGUCCUGGACGCGUCUGCCAACAACCUCACCGAGUUCCCGCUGAGCCUGGUGCAUAGCAAUCGGAAGAUUUCUGUAGAUUUAUCAGGUAACAGGUAUCUCCCGUGCAAGAACUUCAUGAAGGCGAUGGAAGCGAACAACUCCUCGUCGGUGACGUUCCUCAACUACCGGGACACGUACUGCGCCCUGGACAUCAGCUUCAACUGGUUCAAAGAUGUCAGAGUAGUCCAGAUUGACCAUUUGCGGAUACAGAAAGAGCUUAAUGAGAGCUGUCGGAACAUAAAGCCGGUGAAUAUCAACUGCACCUGCAUCCCUGAGCGGCUGGAGUUCUCUGGUGAUGUGAUCACCAACCUGGUGGCGGUGGACUGUUCCCAGCGGAACCUGACCGCGCUGCCCACUUCCUUGCCACACAACACCGUCAAGCUGAACGUGUCUUAUAAUAAUAUCACCUCGCUGCAGACGGUGGCGGACGACGUGACGUACGAGCACCUGCGGCAGCUGAUCCUGGACCACAACGACAUCCCGUACAUCCUGGAGCUGGAGGGCACCAAGUUCAUCGACAACUUCAUGCUGUUCUCCAUCGCUUACAAUAAGUUGAAGACUAUACACACGUACGUACUGUCGAACCGGUUCUACAAGACGGGACUGGCGCUGCUAAUCGCCGGCAACUACAUCAACUGCGACUGUAACACUGAGAAAACGUUGAAGCCGUGGCUACUAGAAAACUUUAAAAACAUCCCUGACUACAAGUUGCUGCUGUGUGACGACAAAGUUCCCGUGGUUGACUUGGUUGAGUCUCAAGUCUGCCACACGCCUCGAGACUGGACUGACUACAUAUACUACAUCAUAGGCCUGGAAGUGCUUAUCCUAGUGCUACUCAUCAGCAAAGUGUCAUACGACUACUGGGUGUUUAAAACUGCUGGCUAUUUACCCUGGCCAGCGAACAAAAUGCCGAGAUUGCCAUGCGAUUGGUUGUGCGAGUAAGCUGUUGGUUGAUUGGCAACCGUCAGCUUUGGUUGGCUUUGGUUGAUUGUCAACCAUUAAAGGCGAAAAAAUGCUUUUGUGUUCGGUACAUUUUGGUUAAUUUAUCUUGCUUAAUCUUUUAGAAAAGCGAUUGGGAUUGAUUACGUAUGAAUGAUUUAAUAAAUAUCCUUCAUAAAUAAAAUGGAGGGACAAUGUUCGCCGUUUGAAGCUGUUGGUUGGCUUUAGUGUUGUGCCAGAGAGAAAAAUAAGGACGAUUUUAUGUUGGUUGCUUAUAACCAAUUGUUGGAACAAUUUUGGUUUUUUAUGCUUUGUAUGUGAUGUUGUUGUAAUGUGGUAACGUAGUGGGGUUGCUAAUGCUGCCAAAACCAUGUGGUUUCUAAUAAUGUCUGUAAAUGUUACUUGUUAAGUUUUAUGCUUAUUUACUUUCGGUAUCUGUAAAUAAUAUGAAUUUUGGGCUAAGUUACGAUAGUUAGUUAUAUUUUGUAUAGUUUAAAUAUUUUUUAUUUAAUUUAAAAGUGCUGCUUGUAUAAUUUGAAUAUACACUUUAGAUCUCUGUAAAUCAGCUCCAUGUAUGUUUCUAUACAUAAGAUGUUUUAUGUACAUUUUGAUUUUCUAUUUUAUUUUAAAUAACUUGCCAUUUUUGUGAAGAAUCUCUCUGAAGUCUCGAUUCAAGCUUUUUUUAUGGCUAUCAAAAUAAUGUCUUGUCUUAAAUGUCGGGUUCAAACUUAUAUGCAAUGUAUUUUGCAAAACAAUUUUGAUUUUGCUAAUUGGAAGGUUAGUUAAAAAAAUGUAAUUAUUACUAUUACUAUGUUUAUUUUUAUAUUUCUGUUCAGUACCGUUAGUACGAGUUUGCGUUACGUUGAACGAAAGCGAAAAGAAAACGCGUUUGGCAGCCAUGAUUGGCUGGCGCAAUGGAACCAACCAACCAGAAUGCCGAACACGAGCUCGUUUCGAUCUCGUUAAACGUAAAACAAAUUCGUACUAAGGCCUUUUUUAAGGUCCAUUUCGUAGUCUUACGUGCUUAUUUUGGGAGUUGAACCUAAGUAAAUCGUGUAAGGGUAACUUAGACAAGUGACGUAAUGUCUUAAUACAUAAUACAUUGUUAUGAGUUUGUUCACUGACGUACCAUACCAUGAUAUCGUACCAUGGUGCCAUGCUAUGGUAUGUAAACCACUCGAUAACAAAAGAAGACUGACUUUAGUUCGAAUAUUUAACCUUGCCAAAACAAUAUGCAAGACAUUAUUUUGAUUAGCACCAAACACGUUUUAAAAAUGGCAUAUAUUUUGCUUGUUUUUGAAAAACCGUUAUAAUAAAAUCUGAAUAAAAAAAUAGUUAAAAUGGACAUCGGUUCGAGCCAUUUAUUUUAUUUAAAAAGCGUGUUAUGCUGGAAAUAAACAACGCGGACAGAUACCUAUUCAUUAUGUUUUUAUGUAAAUGUCCAGGUGUUAGAUUUUAAGUAGAUAGAAGGAACAAAUAUAGACACAUUUCUAAUUGAAAAAUCUUUAAAUGAGCAACUAGUGAUUCGGAUCAAACAUAAUAAAUAUACUUGUUUUCUGUUAAAAAUGUUCUUUAUAUUUGUUCUAACUGGCCAAUAGAGGCUUCAAUGUAAAUGUAAGGUCCAAUUUACGCCGACUAGUUACUGAAGAGGAUUUUUGGAUACAUUUUUAUAUAUUUUGGGAAAUCAGUGCCAUAUUCUAAGGGGGGAUAUGGCUGAAAUCGAGUUAUAAGCUUUCAUUGUAGCAUUUGUUUAUACAUAGGUAUAAGUUUUGAGCCCUAGGUUGGAAGUCAUGAAAUCAAUUGCUAACUGCCGUACUCAGAGAUAUUUGAUAAUUAUUUAAGAUAUUCCUUAGUAACGAUUUUGUAUAAUUUUUCAUUAAAUGACUCUCGAGUACGGUGAAUUUCCUUAACAGAUUUUCAACCUUGAACUUUAGUGAUAAAGUUACUUUUUAUUUAAUUAUUUUUAUAUUAUACUUUUUGCCGAUACAUACAAACAAAUGCUACAAUGAAAUUAGAAAAUGUAGUAUCUGUAUAAAUGAAAGAUAUUUUGGUAUAAUAUUAACUACGAAGACUGUAUAUUUUGUAUGAACAUUUUAUAAUAUUAUAGAUGUUACAUAAAUUGU